GGGAGCUGAGGCUGCUACUGCAGAGACUCCUCAGUUCUGCUAGCUCAACUCACACACACCGAGCUGUGGUGGGGGAAACCCAAGCCCCAGGAAGGAUCAAAGGUGUGUGUGUGUGUGGAGAAAUAUCAGGCAGCAGAUCCAGUCUCUCCCCCACAGUGCAGAACUGGUGCGUGCAUAAUAGCAGCUGUAAUACAGAGAGGAAGAGGGAGCCUUGUUUAUCAGCCUGUAAAGGAAACGUUAUAAAGCCUUUGUCUUGGAAGUAAGCAUCUCAUCCUUGCUGCUGCCACUGCUCCAAUGUGCUGCUGCUGGUGACAUUAAUAUUUUAGUCUGGUUGGUUUUGGGUUUUUUUGGUUUCUCCAGGCAGCAUGUCUUGAUAUAGCUGAAAAGGAACUGUCGUUUUAAUACAUUUCAAGCGGAUGUCUUUGACUUUAAAGAUCGCAUUUGAUGUUUGAGACUUCUUUGUGUGCAUGUAUGUGUGUGAAAUUCACAUGAUCUCAGUUUGAAGGAGGAAGAACUGGAAGAAAGGAGCAGCUGUAUUGGUUUUUCUUCUUGCUGGGUCAUCCCUCCUGGAUGAUAGUGUUGGGGUCUUUUGAACACAUUGUCAAGUACACACUCGACCAGGGGCUUGAUUCCUUUUUCUGUGGUUUUGUUUUUGCCGUGAUCAGAGUGCAGAAAUAACCACUCUUCUCCAGCUUUGCUGGUUUGCAGCAGAAAUAUGCUCUUGAAGGAGUACCGGAUCUGUAUGCCUUUGACAGUUGAAGAGUACAGAAUUGGACAGCUCUACAUGAUCAGUAAGCAUAGCCACGAGCAGAGUGACCGAGGGGAAGGCGUGGAAGUCGUGCAGAAUGAACCCUAUGAAGAUCCAAAUCAUGGCAAUGGUCAACUAACAGAAAAACGGGUCUAUCUCAACAGCAAACUACCUAGCUGGGCCAGAGCAGUUGUUCCCAAAAUAUUUUACAUUACAGAGAAGGCUUGGAAUUAUUACCCAUAUACAAUUACAGAAUACACAUGCUCAUUUUUGCCUAAAUUCUCCAUUCACAUAGAAACAAAAUAUGAGGACAACAAAGGAAGCAAUGACAAUAUUUUUGACAACGAAGCCAAAGAUCUUGAGCGAGAAGUCUGCUUUAUCGAUAUUGCCUGUGAUGAAAUCCCUGAGCGCUAUUACAAAGAAUCAGAGGAUCCUAAACAUUUCAAGUCAGAGAAGACGGGGAGAGGCCUCUUAAAAGAAGGCUGGAGGGAGACACACCAGCCGAUCAUGUGCUCCUACAAACUGGUGACUGUGAAAUUUGAAGUCUGGGGACUUCAAACUAGAGUAGAACAAUUUGUACAUAAGGUGGUCAGAGAUAUAUUAAUGAUUGGUCACCGACAGGCUUUUGCAUGGGUUGAUGAGUGGUAUGACAUGACAAUGGAUGAAGUCCGAGAAUUUGAACGUGCAACUCAGGAAGCCACCAACGAGAAAAUUGGGAUUUUCCCACCUGCAAUAUCUAUCUCUAACAUUUCCCUGCCUUCGUCAACCCGUAGUGCUCCUUCUAGUGCUCCAUCCACUCCUCUGUCCUCAGAUGCUCCUGAAUUCCUGUCAGUUCCCAAAGACCGACCUCGGAAAAAAUCUGCUCCAGAAACCCUCACACUUCCAGACCCAGAGAAAAAAGCACUUUAAAUUUAACCUAGCAUGUUUCCUUCUGACAAGCCAUGUCUGCCAGAACAAGAAUAACUUAACAUUUACAAAGCUCGGUGUGGUUGUUUGUCUGGAUUUUUUAAACGAGUUUACCGAUCUAGAAAGAUGAUUUCUUUAACUCAGACUUGUUCCUUAAAAUCCUUAAAUAAGUGCAUGUGAGAGAACAUAGUUCAUAUAUUCUGAUUCCCAAAGUAAAGCUCAAAGCCAUAUGGCACAUGGUUUUAAUGUGAAAUUAAAUUGUCUGAGAAUAGCCUGUAAUUGUGAUUGGAAAUGCUGUAGGUAUUUAAUAAAGCUGGCAAGGAUUUCUGAAGGGAACUAGUGUCAAUUUAGGUGCAGGGUUAAGUUAAAGAGUUAAAAAUCCAAUUUUCUUCUAUUAUCUCGGAAUUUCUAAAAUUUUUCUAUUCUCAGGCUUAUCAUGUCUAAUCAUAAACCUUUGAACUGCUACUCAUUGAUACUUGAACACCAACAGCAAUUAUUCAAAUUCAGAUGUUGCUUAAUAUGACUCAGGAUUUGGGGCCUAGCUAACACAAACUUUAAACUUUUUAAAACUAAAUAACCAAUGCACCAAGGCUCCAUUUGUAAUUAAUAAUACUGACUUUAAGGCCAUUGAACUAUUUAUACCUUGCACAGAAUUUAUAAAAGAUUCCACCCAUUUCUUGUUUAUAUUGUAUUUUACUAGUUCUCCCCAGUCCUCGUGAUCAAUCAAGUUAUGUGCUGGUGUUUGUAACCCCUGCUCCAGAUAUAAAAAUGAUGGAAACACAAGCAGCUAAAUAGUUUAAAGAGUCCAAAUAAUGCAAGGGUCUUCUCCCAAUGAAGCUGGGAUCAUAGCAUUCCUGUCAUUCAUUCAAGUCCUCUGAAACCAGCUUUCAGGGUCUGAUCCAAAUCCCAUUGAAGCCACUGGGAAGACUCCCAUUGCCUUAAAUGGGCUUUGGCUCAGGCCCUAAAUAACCACUCGAGGGAUUGUAAAAAAAUCUGGAGUUUAAUGAGGAGGUCUUCUACUAAAGGUGGGGAAGAAUGGUACUUAGUACGUUUGGGGACACUUUAGGACAGUCUCUUAGGACAGGUGGGUGCCUAAUAAGGGUAGCCUCCUGUACAGAUUUCACUGUACUAAUCAGCGCUGAAUGUAUAUUAUGCUAUGGUGUUUUACCAGAUGCAGAAUAGUUGUUGGUUGAGCAUGGAUAGUGAAUAACUAGGCCAUGAUGCUUUGGAACAGCACCUGGGAGUAAAGAUUCUGAAAAGAAACAUUUUUUAUAUGUCCACCAUUGGAAAGUUCUUUAAAGAUCUUCAGCCACAACCUUUGCUCUGCCCUGAUGUGUUACGUAUUCAGAUUCAAUUUCAGAUCCCAGUCUAGGUUUCUUGCUUCAUGGGCUAAUGGGAUAAUAAUGUUGUAGAUGCAGCAUAUUCAGCCCUCAAACAAAAAUAAGUCAUUCAGCAGUGGCCACUUUAGCCAAUUAAGGAGCAGAUUUGAUAAGUUCUAUACUGUCCUCGCUGGACAGAAGGAUUGUGAUAGGAGACCUCAUAAGUGAUGGGGGGGGAAAUAUGGGGAUCCUCUGGGCUUCCUGAAGGAGAAAGAGGACUUACCCUUACUCUAUCCCUGUCCUUUCAUGCUAAGUGCGGUCUCCAGUGGCAGGAAGCAGAUCUCAGACUUUGCCAUUGAUCUCUAAAAGGGGAGAGUAAUGAAAGACGACUUACGAAAAAUAAAGGGGUCAUCUGGCAACUCAGUAACAUGUAAUGUAACAUGUGGGAAAGGAGAGCAACAUCCCUGGCCUGUUAGUGAAAUCACCCUUCAGUCUCAGGAAUAAAAAUCAGAAAAGGGAUUUUCUCCCCAAGCCAGGAGUAAAAAGAAAAAUAGGGAAAUAAGGAGCCACUUCCUUUCUAAAAUUCAGCCUUAUGGAGAAACCUUUCCUAUUGAUGUCCAGUCACAGAACUCGUUGUCGACGUUCAUAUAAUGGGUUUAGUCCUCUGCAAUGCUACCAUUGUGUUUAGUCCUCUGUGAUGAUAUUUAACAAAUGUCAGCAUCUACCACCAUUGUCGUAGUAGACUUUAAAAUGCCCAGUGAAAGGUGGAUAUUAUCUGAAUCACAUAUUCAUAUUGAGAUGGUAUCUUGUACUGUCAGUUAUAACAAGCACGGUGAAGCAGAGAGACGGACCUCAUGGAGUUAAAGUAUCACUGAAUGAUGAAGAAUCAGUUUGUGGAUAGAAUUCCCCGGGGGCGGGAUAUGUUUGUACCGUCUUCCCAGCAUGGUAGCAUGAUUUUUGCUUGUGGAAAAGUUUAACUGACUUAAACUUUUUGACCUUCUGAACAGCUCCAUAUCUAGUAGUAGAUGCUAAGGUGAAUGUGUGAUUUUGAUGGGCUAGAUUUAGUAAUGUGAGAGGGAGGGGAAGAAUACCGCUGUCAGAUUACAUUGAAAAUGUGUGUGUAUUUGAAAGUUAAAAGCCUAUGGCUAAUAAAAUCCAGUAGCUCUUUGUAGGUUAGCCUAUGGUAUGACUUCAUCCAUUAUCUCAUAUAUUGUCCAUGUUCGGCUUUCAUUUCAUCUCAAGGCCAGCAAUUCCAUGUGCUUAGUAAAUUAACUGGUGAUUGAUAUUUGUGAUUUUUUUUUAGCCAGUGUAAUGCCACAGGUAUCAAAUGCUAAAGUACUCCACAUCGUCUUAUGACUUUAAUUAACAGAUGGAUGUACUAAUUAAGUAUUCAUAAUUUAUGCAUGUAUACAAAUAAAUGUUGAUAUUCUUUUA